UAUUGGUCAUGGCAAUUCGCUAGAGAGUACCCCCACGUCUUUUAAUUUGGGGUUUCUUCAUGCACUCACUCAAAAGGGUGCCCCUCCUCUUGGAGUGACGGAAUAAUAAGCGGUGUAAAAAGCGGUGUUUGAACUUGCAGUCUGCUGGCUUCGUGGUUCUGUCUGCCCGGAUCAGAACACCAAACUGCAACCCGGAAUCGGAUCCUCUGCCGCGGUUAUUGCAAAUGAGAUAACAACUGAACGAGAACAAGAGUAGUUUAUACAAAACAAAAACAAAAAAAAAACCACACAGCAUCCUUUUACAGCGAAGACCCCGGAACGUGUUAAUACAAUCUAUAUUGGAAAUACCGGUACUGAAAUUAAGGAUAUAACUAGGAUUUCCUGAUCAUCUGGAUUUACAAGAUCUUAAAAAAAGGAAAUAAUUAUUAUCGCUAAUAGCGAUUGCUGGUGAUUUUGAAAGGAAUUAACGAGGGGAAAAAGGAAACAACAGCUGAAAAAAAAAACCUACAAUAAAACUACCAGCCAGGCGUGGAAUUGACCUGUUAACAGAGUCCUCAACAGGAAGAAUUUAGAAGACUUUUCAUUGGAUCUUGCUUCAGGUCAAGAUGUUAUUAAAUAUAAAACAUAUCCUGUGGUUAUCCUGCACCUUAACAGUAACAUUUGCAGUACAUAACAAGAGAAUCCCAGUUAUAAAGGUAGAAAAAAGCCCCCCAGUUACGGGGACUCUAGCCGGCAAAGUCGUGCUGCCAUGCCACUUCUCUACCAUGCCCACAUCAGCGCCCAUGCACAACGCCACCCACGACUACCUGAGAAUCAAGUGGACCAAAUUCGAGUAUGACACGGAGACCACAGUGCUGGUGGCCCAGAAUGGGGUGAUUAAAGUCGGCUCAGGAUACAAGAAUAGAGUGUCGGUGCCCAGCCACCCGGAAGACAUUGGCGAUGCCUCACUGACAGUAGUUAAAGUUCGGGCAAGUGAUGCCGGCCUUUACCGCUGCGAGGUCAUGUAUGGAAUCGAAGACACCCAGGACACAGUGGCACUGGAUGUGGCUGGCGUUGUGUUUCACUAUCGGGCCCCAAGCAGCAGAUACACCCUGAACUUUGAGAUAGCUAAAAAAACCUGCGAGGAUAUUGGGGCUACCAUCGCAACCCCGGCACAGCUCACUGCCGCCUAUGAAGAUGGGUUUGAUCAGUGUGACGCUGGCUGGAUGUCUGAUCAGACAGUCAGGUACCCAAUCACCAAGCCUAGGGCAGGUUGCUAUGGAGAUAAAAUGGGACGACCUGGUAUCAGAAGUUACGGAAUCAGAGACCCCAAGGAAACCUAUGAUGUUUACUGUUUUGCUGACAAGCUUGAAGGUGAAGUAUUUUAUGCAGCAGCUCCAUCUAAACUCACCCUCGAAGAAGCCAGGAUAGAGUGCAGGAAAAGGGAUGCAGUUCUUGCAAACCCAGGCCAGCUGCACGGAGCCUGGAGGCAAGGCCUUGACAGGUGUGAUUACGGCUGGCUGUCUGACGGCAGUGCCCGCUACCCCAUUUCUGUUGCCAGGACCCAGUGCGGAGGUGGCCUGCUUGGUGUGAGGACUCUAUACCGAUACAUGAACCAGACUGGCUUUCCUAAUCCCACAACAAAGUUUGGUGCCUACUGCUUCAAAGGUAAAGAGCCUACAAAGGCGUUCACUGCUGUUGACGUAUCAGUGGAAGGCAUGGAUUCACUACGUAAAAACAUAUCUCAAACAUCACAAGCAACAGUGAAGCCCACCAUGGCCAUCUCAUUGAUAGAAAAGGGUAAUAGCUCAACAAAGGAUCCAAGUUCGGAACCUGCAACCCCAGAGAAUGAAAUUAGUGUGGAAGCUGAAGUAGAGUCACAGACUGUUGCUGAUUUACAUUCUGGAGUAUUCCAACCAAGAUCUCCACACCACGAUAACACACAUGAGCAAGGUCCCCUUCUCACCAAUGAUGUCUUUACAGUGAUUGACUUACUAAGUUCUGUUGCCCCAGAGGCUGACACUACUACUUUGACAGUUGCAGAAAGCAUUCCUGUCGGCCGUGUAGAGACUGAAACUGUACAGCCAGACAUCAGUGAACAAGAUGCUACAGAGUCUCCAUCAAUGUUUUCAACAAGUAUGGCUAGUCCUGUUGAGCACGAUACAUUUGAACCCGAACAGGACCAGGACAGUGAGACCACACGAGUGCCACCAACAUCCCUAACUGCAGACAGGUCCAAAGCAGCAGGAGUCUAUGUUUCCAGUGAAGCAUCAGUUCCCGUUGAGAUGUCUAGCACCUCUGAUGCUACAGUGCCAACUCCUGUGUCUAAUGUCCUGUCAGAAGAAGAGAAAAAUUAUAUUUUCAUUUCUGAAGAAAUCCAACUUGAGAGUGUGCCAGAUGUGAAGCCUAGAGGUGACACGUUUUAUCCCACUACAGAAGAAACCACCUUUCCAGAGGAGCUGACAGUGAAACCAAGUACAGCGAUGGUUUCUAGUUCUGUGGAUCUACAGUCUACCCCAGUGACACCGGCUAAAAUGUUGCCUCCAAAAUCUGAUGUUGAAGACGAUGCUGAAGAACCUUUCACGGUAUAUGAAGAGGUUCUUCAUGUGUCUACUACAAAGCAGCUCUUGCUUUCUACAGAGGAGGAAACUGGAACGAAUAGUGUUUUUGAAGUAGUCUCAACUGCUUCAAUGCCUCCAACACAGAAAAGCACAGAGGAAGACCUUACUGAGGAAAGCAGUGGUCUUGAACAAUCCAUUGUAUCUGAAGGCACAAGCACAAUUUUGGGUGAAGAACUCUCAGAAGCUACACCUAGACCUCAUGGGCUUACAACAUACACACCUGUACAAACACAAACUAGAACAGUUUCUUCAGAUGUGUUGUUGUCCAGAACACUGACUGAAGAAAUCCAUAUGCAGGUUGAGGCCACCUACAUACCAAUGGAAGCAAAAAGUGAUGACCAUGUUACAACAGUACUAGGUUCACAUGAAGCUGAAUAUGUGCAUUCACAACCUACUAGCAAAGUGCUACCUGACAUUACUGUACCUACUGAAACCACUAGUCUUCUUAGCAGUCAACCAGGAGAAGAAGUAGAAAGGACAACUAUAUAUAAAGAAGAUGCCUCUACUGUUGCAUACACAGAAGUUCCUGCUGCAAGUGCUCUUACACAGCAAGACCUUUUUGAUGAGGAAGGAAGUGGCAAGGACCAGGAAACUCCUUCGACAUCUGAAACUGAAGUUACCACACAGGAUGAACAUAGCACAGUUCCCUACAUGGAAACUACAACCACACUCUAUGUUUUGGAUAGUGAUAGAAAACCAGCAGCUAGCACUACAACCAUAACUACAUCUCCUAGCCCUAUGACAGAAACAACUCAGAGCACAGUGUCCUUGACAACGGUUUUGAUGAGGGAUGGUGUCACGAGUGAUGGGCCUACAGAAGAAUCUGUUCAGCCAGCAGAAGCGGUUGAAGGAUCAGCUCUAUAUAAAGAAGAUGGCUCUGAGUCUACUGUUGUGUACACAAUUGGUGAUUCAUCUACUUUUCCAGCUGUCAGGUCAGAAGAAAUAGUAACACAGAAGAUGCCAGACCAAUCUUCUGAGGAAGGAAGUGCCAUGGACCAGGUAACAGGUUUAUUUGUCACAAGCAGUGGAUCAACACAGGCCUCUUCUUCUAGUCCACAGAAAGACGAAGAGACCUCUUCUUAUGAAGGAUCUGCCCUGUAUGAGGAGACCACAACAACAGAAGCCACCAGUCCUCGUGCAACACCUGUGCUAGAAUCCAAACAAAUGGAAGACAAAGUGACUGCAACUGAAGCAGCAGUGGUUUCAAAGACUCCUCACACAACUGAGCCUGCAGGUACUGCCACAACUGAGCAGGUUGACACGUCAUCCAAAGACCUAUUAGGAGAAAGACCAACCAGUGCACUUCCAGAGGUAUCUGAAGGAUCUGCUGUGCAUGAGGAGCUUGACAAAACAAAAGCCAGUACAACAGAACAUUCUAUAGUACAACCAAGUGAAUCCACAAUCCUUUCUGAAACUCUCAAAGUAAGUGCAACCAGUCUUUACAAAGAUGAAGGCACCAUUUCUUCUGAGAUGGUAGUAGAAGUUACACCCCAGGUUGAAGAAGGAUCUGCCAUGUAUGAGGAGACUACAAAAACAGAAGACAGUACUCCUCAAGCAACAUCUGAACCAAAAUCUGUGCAGCCCGCAACAAGUACGCUAGACAAGGUUGAAAUAAUCACAACUGAUGCAGCAUUGAUUUCACAGACUCCUCGCACAACUGAGUCUGCUGUGGUAUGGCAGGUUGUCACCUCCUCCAAGAUCCUAGUGGAAGGAAGCCCAGCCAGUGCAAUUCCAGAUGAAGCUGAAGGAUCUGCUAUGUAUGAAGGGACUAAAGAAUCAGAGGAUAAUAUCAUUCCUGCAACAGUCAGUGCUGAUUUUUCUAUAGACGAACCUGAAUCUGCACAACCAGAAACAGGAACAGCAGACAAAGUUGAAGUAAUCACAGCUGAAGCAGCAGUGAUUUUACAGACUCUUCACUCAACUGUGCCUCCAGCUACUCUUACAACGGAGUGGGUUGUCACCUCAUCCAAAGACCUGCUGGAAGGAAGUUCAGCCGGUGCAAUUCCAGAUGCAGCUGAGGGAUCUGCUAUGUUUGAGGAGCCUGAAGAAACAAAUGCCAGUACACUUGAGCCUUCUAAAGUUCAACCAAGUGAAGCCUCAGUUCACCUAACAGUAGGUUCUGAGGCUACAUCUAGUCCUCACAAAGAUGAAGAUCCCACUUCUUCUGAGCUGUUAGUCAAAGCCAUACCCACCAGUGUGGAAGGAUCUGCCAUGUAUGAGGAUACUAAAGAAACAGAAGACAUUACUCCUCGUACAACAUUCAUACCUGAAUCUGCACAACCAGAAGACAAAGGUGAAGUGACUGCAACUGAAGCAGCAGUGGUUUCAAAGACUUCUCACACAACUGAGCCUGCAGCUAGUCCCAAAACUGAGCAGGUUGACACGUCAUCCAAAGACCUAUUAGGAGAAAGACCAACCAGUGCACUUCCAGAGGUAUUUGAAGGAUCUGCUGUGUAUGAGGAGCUUGACAAAACAAAAGCCAGCACAACAGAACCUUCUAAAGCACAACAAAGUGAAGCCACAGUCCUUUCUGAAACUCUCAAAGUAAGUGCAACCAGUCUUUACAAAGAUGAAGGCACCAUUUCUUCUGAGAUGGUAGUAGAAGCUACACCCCAGGUUAAGGAAGGAUCUGCCAUGUAUGAGGAGACUACAAAAAUGGAAGACAGUACUCCUCAAGCAACAUCUGAACCAAAAUCUGCGCAGCCCGCAACAAGCCCGCUAGACAAGGUUGAAAUAAUCACAACUGAUGCAGCAUUGAUUUCACAGACUCCUCGCACAACUGAGUCUGCUGUGGUAUGGCAGGUUGUCACCUCCUCCAAGGUCCUAGUGGAAGGAAGUCCAGCCAGUGCAAUUCCAGAUGAAGCUGAAGGAUCUGCUAUGUAUGAAGAGACUAAAGAAUCAGAGGAUAAUAUCAUUCCUGCAACAGUCAGUGCUGAUUUUUCUAUAGACGAACCUGAAUCUGCACAACCAGAAACAGGAACAGCAGACAAAGUUGAAGUAAUCACAGCUGAAGCAGCAGUGAUUUUACAGACUCUUCACUCAACUGUGCCUCCAACUACUCUCACAACGGAGCGGGUUGUCACCUCAUCCAAAGACCUGCUGGAAGGAAGUUCAGCCGGUGCAAUUCCAGAUGCAGCUGAGGGAUCUGCUAUGUUUGAGGAGCCUGAAGAAACAAAUGCCAGUACACUUGAGCCUUCUAAAGUUCAACCAAGUGAAGCCUCAGUUCACCUAACAGUAGGCUCUGAGGCUACAUCUAGUCCUCACAAAGAUGAAGACCCCACUUCUUCUGAGCUGUUAGUCAAAGCUAUACCCACCAGUGUGGAAGGAUCUGCCAUGUAUGAGGAUACUAAAGAAACAGAAGACAUUACUCCUCGUACAACAUCCAUACCUGAAUCUGCACAACCAGAAGACAAAGUUGAAGUGACUGCAACUGAAGCAGCAGUGGUUUCAAAGACUCCUCACACACCUGAGCCUUCAGUGACUCCCACAAAGGAGCAGGUUGCGACCUCAUCUAAAGACCUGCUGGAAGGAUCUGCUAUGUUUGAGGAGAUGGAGGAAACAGAAGCCAGCUCCACUGAUCUUUCUACAGCUGAACCCAAAUCUGCACAACCAGAAUCAAGCACACAGGAGCAUGUCAGAGUAAUACCAACUGAGUCAAGAGUUGUUUCUGAGACUCUUUCAUCCAGAGUAGAUGCACAGCCAGAAACAAGAACUCUAGACAAGUUUGAAGUAAUCACGACUGAUGCAGCAUUGAUUUCACAUACUCCUCCUCACACAACUGAGUCUGGUAUGGUACGACAGGUUGUCACCUCAUCCAAAGACCUGCUGGAAGGAAGUUCAGCCAGUGCAAUUCCAGAUGCAGCUGAGGGAUCUGCUAUGAUUGAGGAGCCUGAAGAAACAAAGGCCAGUACACCAGAGCCUUCUAAAGUACAACCAAGUGAAGCCUCCGUUCACCUAACAGUAGGUUCUGAGCCUACAAGUGUUCCUCACAAAAAGGAACUGUUAAUAGAAGCUGGACCCCAAGAAGAAGGUUCUGCUAUCUAUGAAGAACCUAAUGAAACAGAAGCCAGCUCUCCUGAUCUUUCUACAACUGAACCCAAAUCUGCACAACCAGAAGCAAGCACACUGGAGCAUGUCAGAGUAAUACCAACUGAGUCAACAGUUGUUUCAGAGACUCUUUCAUCCAGAGAAGAUGCUGAACCUAGCACCUCUCCUGUGAGCAAGCCUGUGGCUACCGAACAAUUAGCAACCUCUGCUGAACCUACAGUAGAAGGAGGAUCUGCUAUGUAUGAGGAGCCUAAUGAAACCAGUAGAGCAGAACCUUCAAAAGUACAACCAAGUGAAGCUGCAGUUAAACCGACAGUUGAUGCUCAAUCUACAACUAGUCCUCAAAAAGAUGAAGACACCACUUCUUCUGGGCAGUUAGUUGAAGCUGAACCCCCCAGUGAGGAAGGAUCUGCUGUGGGCGAGGAGACUACAGAAAUAGAAGCCAGUACUCCCAGUACGACGUCCAAAUUUGAAUCUGCACUACCUGAAGUUGAAGUAAUCACAACUGAAGCAACAGUGGUUGCAACCACUGGUUUACUAGAAAAGAAAGAGACAGUGUCUGAUAUACCAGAAGACACAGAAGGGUCUGCAAUGCUUGAGGAACAUUUCCAAGGUACUCCAUAUGAAGCGGUCACUGUUUCCAAGCCAGAGGUUAUAUCAGAGGCUGCUGAACCUAGCACAUAUGCUACUAGAACACAGGCUACACCAGCUAGUGAUGUCACUGUGUCACCAUCAGUCACAUCAAGCUCAGAAAUUAAAAAGGGCGAGGAAAAGACACCUAGUGUGACCACAGAGGAAACUGAAGGGUCUGCCAUGUUUGAGGAGCCAAAGUCAACAGAAAAAACAGCCAAAGUUACCUCUGCACCUGAAUCAAGCUCCCCACCAGCAUUAAGCACUGUUAAAUUACAUGAAGGUGUUACUGAACCUGCAGAGAUUCUUACCUCUCCAGACAGGAAUGCAGGACAGCCAGUAAUUGUUUACAAAGAGGAAACUGAAGAACCAUCAACAGUUAAACCAACUGAGGCUAUGAGCAUGGCCUACACAAUUGGCUCACCUGAUUUAGAAACUCCAGUUCAAACAGUAUUGCCCAAAAUAACUGCAGUAACUGGGAGAGCACCUGUCCUCCUGGAAAGCGAACCAGGUGAAGACACAACCAGAGACAUGGUCAUUAUUGAUGAGUCUCCAAUUGGAAUGCCCGAAUCUUCUGGCAAAGAAAUCAUGGGCAAGGAUGCCGUGUCAGAAAUUGAUACUGAAUACUUCACUACUGUGGCCACCAGACCUUAUUCUGUUGCCAAGCCAACUCUGCCGCCCUAUGACAUGAAAACUACAGCCACCCCAGAAAUCCUUACUGUUCCCUGUACAAGGAAAACUGCCACAGAAAAGCCUAUACCGUUUGGGAAGGUGAAUGUCAUUGUCAUCAACAUCAAAGGGAAUGGAUCAGAUGCAGUCGGCUCUGUUUUGGAUAUAUUGGGUCAACCACUUGAUGUUGACUCUUCAAGACCCUCAGGCAGUGUUUUUCUACCUUACCCUUUUGACCACCUAGUGCCUUCUGUGGCUGAUGUUCCCAUUCCCACAGAUGUAGAAGGGGAACCCAUUUCUGAAGGAAGCGGGGAACACGAUUUCUUUGCCUCUACUUCUGUGACCCACACCCCAGCUUUGAGCUUCAUAAAUGGGAAGCAUCAGGUGACACUUGUAACUGAGCAUCGUGAUACACAGGAAGCAAGAGGAGAUCAAUUUGAGGCUGUGUCCCCCACAGAGUGUGUGCUACUAGUCCAAGAAACAGCCACUGAAGACAUUGCUCCAGCAGAAGCAGCAACAGUGCACACUUCCACUGGCCAGCCUGAUAUCCUUUCUGCACAGGUAUUAGAAGAUACAUAUAUGACAGCGACAAAGCAACCUGAGGAGGAUGCUAAAGUGCAAGGUGACAAAAAACUGGAACCAGAAAGUGGUAAUGCAACCGAGAAACCUGCUUCUGUCACUCCCCUUACAACUUCCCAGCCCACGGCAACAGCUCCAGUUAACAUUGAAACUGUGGAAAGCGACAGUCCAAAGCAUAUUUUUUCUUUUGGGGAAGAGGAAGGCUCUGGAGAAGAAUCUUCCAGAAUGGAAGUAACUUUGACAUCCACUGUGUCAUCAUCAGUUGUCACAGACAAAGAUGCAGUAGUUUCAGUCACAGAAAAAGAGGAAAGUUCUGUUGUCACAUCCGCUCCAGGUUUGUCAGACACUACUCAGACAUCAGCAGAUAAAGCAGAACCUGAUUCUCCUUCAGAGAAAAUUACAGAACUGCCCACCAGCAGCAUAAAGGAGACUGGUGUCAUUUCCAAUCAGGAGGAAGAGAGCUCUGGAGAUGCUCCGGUCACCGAAGCUUCUGUCAAGACCACAGUUUCCUAUACUACAAUCUCUGAAAAGUAUAUUGUGAGCUCUUCUGUACCAGUUGAUCGUAUCACUGAGGAGGAUGCUUCAGGAAUGGAGAUUGAUGUUUCAAUUUUCCAACCCCCUAUAUCUCCCAGCACUGUGGAUUUAACAUCCAAAAGCACUAUUGCUACACUUACAGAUGAACAAAAAGAAGAUGACACUCAAAAAACAUAUUCUCCAGCUUCAGUUGCUGCUGAUGAGUUUAUGAGCACAGCAGCUACAUCUACACAUGACUAUGACACGAAAUCUGGUGAUGGAGACGUAGUGGGUGUUGAAAGCUUACCUCCUGUCGAAGUAGAUGAAGAAAGUUCUGGAGAGGAAGCGUCUGCUGCUGAGCCACUUAUGAGCACCACUGUAUCUCCUGCUUACGUCACUGGUGCUGAGGCAUCUGCUGCUACAUCUGCAAGGACAGAAAGUACCCCUUCAGGAGCAACCAUCACAUUACCAGAAGAGGAGAGCUCUGGAGAGGAAGAACCUACGAGCAAGUCUGCCAUUGCUGCAGAUGAUGAAGUCACUACAGAAUCUCUAGUUCCUGAUAUCAGAGCUGAAGGGGAAAGUACACCAACCGCAGAGGUAACUAGUGGUGAAGAAUCUGCAACAGAAGCAACUAAAUAUGUUGAAAGAGUAACAAGUGUAGACACCCUUUUAACAGAUAGAGAGAGUUCGGGAGAAGGUGCUGUCAAGGCAGAUUCCAUGUUCCCUUCUUUUGUUACCAUUAGUACUGUUAGUCCUGGGGAGGCUGAAAAGACAUCAAUGCCCGAAAAGGAUGGUGAAACCACAAUUACAGCAUCACCCACAGAGAAGGCUUCUGCAGCUUCCAGCAGUACUCAAGAGGAGUUCACAGUUACCACUACAGAUAACAAAAUUGCAAGUGCAGUCACUUCAUUCACAGAACAAGAAGAAAGCUCUGGUGAUACACAUACUGAGAUAAUUACAACACCUAUACCCAGUUCAACAGAGAAACCAAAGACAACAACAGAAGCAAAGAAAACUGAUGAGACCCAGACAGAUUCAUCAUUUGUAGAAGGCAUUAGCUCUGGUGAAGACCCAUCGCAAACAGAACCUCAUGUACUGUUUAAUACUGUCAUCCCAACAGAAGUUGCCACAGCCAAGGCACACACAGAUAAAGGGUCACCCAUGGUUACAGAAAUAAGCAGCACUGAUGACAAAACAUCGGUUACUUCUGAUCUGGUGCCUGGAGCUGUUCGCAUUGUUACUAUUGCAGGUGAUGAUGUUGAGAUGGCUGUUACAUCUACUCCAAUGGUAUCUUCCGUGGUGUACGAAACGUUUGACGAGCAACAAGUUGUAUUUCCAAGUCCAACAAGCAGUCGAGCUGAAAGCGGCAUUGAAGAAAUCUCAGCCACCACAAAGCCUUAUGAAAAGACUCCAUCAGUAAUUAUUUUUACUGAAGAAAGUCUGGAUGAAGAGGAGUUGUUCUCAAGUCCAACGGAUAAUGUUACUGAAGACCAGCAAAGCAUUGGGGUAAAAGCAACGGAAGAGACUAUUAUUGAUGCGGAUGCAGUUAAAAUAGAAACACCUUACAAAGAGUCAUCCCCACCUUUUCCACCUACAGUUAUUACAGAAGAAGCAGGGGGUAUAGCAGCUGUGACCUUCACGCCAAGGUCCUCUGGGAUACAUGGUGAGAGUGAAGGAUCUGGUGAACCUACUUUGGCUCUUACUUCUGAGUUUGAAACAACAGACUUCAAUGUUAAAGCUGUGACUUCUGAGUUUGGGGUUAUUCCUACACACAUAGCUAAAGGAAUGGAUACAGUUGAGAAUGAUAGAGAACCCAGUGUAAGCACAGAAGAAACAUUAACAAGUGAAAAGGAGGAAUACACGCAAACUGCACCUUUAAGUGAAUCAUCAGGAGAUGAAAUUACUGAGCAGGAUGAAGUCCCAGAAUCAGUGGAAACUACGGUUGCAGCAGAACCUUUUAAAGUCACAACUCUUUCACCAGUUCAAACAAGUUACCUUCCUAGUCAAGAUCACUCUGCUGCACCAGAGAGCAAAUUAGAAGAAACAGAGAUCUCUACAUCACUGCCUUCUGCAUCAGCAGAUGCAACUGAAUACCCAACCCCAGGACCUGAUACAGAACUUCAUCUAACUACUCAACUUCAACAACAUGAAAUAAUUGUUCAAUUAAGCACAACAAACUUGCCAAGGACCCAAGUAAGUCCAUCUGAAGAUGCAUAUAAGGAAGUAAUAUCAGAGGAUGCCUCAACUCACAUAUCAUCUUCUGAUCAGUUACUUGAACAAUCUGCCACUCCACAACCCCUGGAUUUUAGUGCAGAACCCAGCCAAACACCUGAUGUUCCUGAACUUGUUGAGGCAGGACCACCCUCAUCAGCUACUGAACAUUCCUCCACAUCGACCGCUGAAGUUCAAGAUAAGGAGAGCUCCGGGGAGGGAAUUACUCAUGAGGCUGUUCAAGAAGAAUCCACUGCUGGAGUAGUUGUAGUUACCACAACACAACCUUCAGCACAGUCAACCGUCUCGCAACCACAACCUUAUCCAGUGGGUGAUGGGAAACCUCCCCCCUCAUCUGAAACUAUUAGUAUAGCAUUAACAACAUCAACAUCCGCAGUAUAUGAAAGCACUCUGAAGGAAACUGAUGGUGAAGAGAAAAAAGAGGAUGUAUCCUCUUCACCUGUGAAAACAUCAGAGCAAAUAGAUGCUGAAGGUUCUUCCCCAUCUGCCAUUGAUGAUGAUAUCACUAGAGGUGAAACUCUAGUAACUGACAGUGUUAUGCCAUCUGCUACUGUAGAUGGUAUUUAUUCCCCUACACCAUCCAUCGGUGCUGUUGUGCAGCAUGAGAGUAAAGCUGAAGAAGCAGAGACUUCAACUCCACCUGCUGUGGAAACUCAAGAACCUCUUCUAGAGGAGACUGAAUCUUCUCCAACACCAGAAGAAGAGACUACCCCAGUGUUACAAUGGGUUGAAAGCAUACCACACUUUGAAGUAACUGAUGAACCAACAGCAUCAAGUGAGAAGAUUGAGGACAGAGAGAUUGAUCACAUUUUAUUUGGCACUGAAUCCCCUGGAGAGCAAGUUGAAGGUCAUAUGGUCCAGAUUCCAGGACAGGAUCUUUGUAACAAAAAGUUGUGCCUUAAUGGAGGUUCAUGUUACCCAAGGAGCAAUUCCUACAUCUGCACAUGCACACCAGGAUACAGCGGGGAGCACUGUGAAAUAGAUAUUGAUGAAUGCCAGUCGAACCCUUGCCAAAAUGGAGGCACUUGCAUUGAUGGCAUCAACUCCUUCACUUGCAUGUGUCUACCAAGCUACGCCGGGACCGUCUGUGAACAAGAUACUGAGACCUGUGACUACGGCUGGCACAAAUUCCAGGGGCACUGCUACAAGUACUUUGCGCACCGCCGCACCUGGGAUGCCGCAGAGAGAGAGUGCCGCCUGCAGGGGGCGCACCUCACCAGUGUCCUCUCGAAUGAAGAGCAGCUCUUUGUGAACCGCUUGGGACAUGACUACCAGUGGAUUGGACUGAACGAUAAGAUGUUUGAGCAGGACUUCCGCUGGACUGACGGCAGACAUCUGCAAUAUGAGAACUGGAGACCUAGCCAGCCAGACAGCUUCUUUUCAUCUGGAGAGGAUUGCGUCGUUAUGAUCUGGCAUGAAAAUGGCCAGUGGAACGAUGUGCCCUGUAAUUAUCAUCUCACCUACACCUGCAAAAAGGGGACAGUUGCCUGUGGUCAGCCUCCGGUUGUGAAUAACGCCAGGACUUUUGGCAGGAUGAGGCCACGCUAUGAGAUCAACUCCUUGGUCAGAUACCACUGCAGGGAUGGUUUCAUCCAGCGGCAUGUACCAACUAUCCGGUGUAGAGGAGAUGGAAGAUGGGAUGAACCAAAAGUAUCCUGCUUGAGCCCAUCCACUUACCAAAAGACUUACGCAAAGAGGUACUAUGACAACAACUUUGACAAGAGUGGUACAAGGAGCUCCAACAAAAAUUAUGUGAGACACGUACAUCGCUGGGCCAACAGGCAAGAGGAAUGGAGGCACUGAGCAGCUCCUGGGAGCCACGUCUACACGCUCCUCCAGCCUGACGAACAGUGCCUUUAUUGACAUGUAUUGGGAGAUUUUAAAAUGCAUCUUCAGACAUGGACUUCAGUGUUAAAAGAACACACCAGAAACGAGUGUCUGAUAAGUUAUCAAAUGUUUUAUUUGUUUUAACUUCUAAAAUGAGUUGAAAGUCUUGUCAUCAAAACACACUGAGAAGUCUUUUUCAUUGGGUGAUGUUUUUUUUUUUUGUCUUUUUUGUCGUUAUCUGCAAACUUAUUUCCAGCCUCAUACUUUUUCACUGUACUAGUCUCCUGUUUAAGCAAUUCCACAGCACAACGCAGCAAUCUGUACUUGUUAAACAAGUAACACCAUCUACCAGUUCAGUGAAGAAAAAAAAAACAUGUAAAUAAGAUUAAUGUGACAGUUUAAUAAUGCUUAAAUAAUGUAAAUAAAUAUUCAUAUUUAAGCAGACAUAUUCAGUACUGGUUACUUACCAUUGGGAAUUCGGAGGAUCUUAUCCAUUGUUUAUGCUGCUCCAAGUUGAGGCUGGGAAUUGUUCGAAUAGCUUUAUUUAAAAAAAACUGAUUGAAAAAAAUUGAUUUGUGAAAGGAAGGAAGGCUAACUGAAAAUUAACUCAUAACUGAGGGCUUGUUUCCUGAAAAUGAAACAUGUUGUGCCAUUCUAUAUAGUAUAAAGCAUUCUAAAGUACAUACGAUGGAACCAGGCAAGCCUUAUCUAGAGACUGCAAUACAGAGCCACUCACACGUUCAGCCAUCAUCGACCAAUCACAUUCAGAGACUGCCCGAGGAUAUGACAUGGGGCCUUGCUCAGAAUAUGGUUGGCCCCCAUUAGAGAUCAAAGUGCCAAAAUACAUUAACACACUUUGUGUUUUUAUCUCAUUCACUCUCUCGGAUAUGGUAGCUUUGAGCGGUUCUCAAACAAAUGCGCUAAACUAAAAUUAUCUUAUUAAAAGAACGGCAUCUUGCUACUUUUAUUGUAAAUAAAACAUGUUUUGUAUAUAUAACCAUUUUGUAACCCAGCUGGCUCUUUGAGCUAAUAUAUAUAUAUAUAUAUAUAUAUAUAUAUAUAUAUAUAUAUAUAUAUAUAUAUAUAUAUAUAUAUAUAUAUAUGAAUGUGUACAUCUGAGUUGUGCAGCUCUCCAGCUUUCCUAAAUAAAUUAAGUAAAGCCACAGAGAUUUAAUUUAUGUUCUAUUUGCCUGUGAAAAGGGAAAAAUGUUUUUUUAAAUAUAGAAAAUAUAUAUUUUAUUAAUAAUUUCCUCUAUUAACCCCUGAAUUCCUUGGUAUGUUUACAGUCAACCUUAGCAUUCUAUAGCUUAUUAAGAAAACCUUUUUAUUAACUAAAUGUAAACUGAUCAUUUAUUUAAAACCCUUUCUGUUUGUUCACAUUGCAUGAUAUACGAGAUGCAAUCACAUCACAGUGCUCUGUCCCUGCUUACUAAAAGUGUGCUGCACAACAGAAACAAAGCAUUGUUCGAUGUGAUGAAGAGGAAGACUUAUAUUUACUCUUAAGCAGAGGAGACAUUCAGGGGUCAAUAAGGGAUAAUCGCAGGUAGUAUCCAUCAAUUAAAACUGCUAUGGCUCAUUUGUAACAACUCUUUCACACAGAAAUCCAAUCAGCUGCUGCCCCAGUCAAUAACCAUCCAUUUGGCUUACCAGCCAGCAAAGUGGCACAAUUUCAAUCUGCUUUCUAUUUCCAUUUCAAAGCACAUAAUACCUUUUUUAUAGUAUAACUUGUAUAUUGCAUAAUGUGAAUGUCUGAGAUUUUUGUGAAUUACAGUUUUUCAACUUUUUAUACAUGCCCUGUUUCACCAAAGAAACUCAAGAAAUGUUUUACUAUAUCUU